AUGAAUUGUAUAUUUUUGAAAAUUGUGCGAAAAGUCUUAAUGUUUUUAAAAUAUAAUAGUGUUUUGGAAAAUAAAAUGAACCCUCAGACGAAUUUCUUUUUAAAUACAGAAAAUUAUUUGCGAUCUUUUGAUAGAAUCUCUAUUGAAAAUAACAAAUUUACAGACUGUCCUACAACUUUGUGCCAUCCGAAAAGUGAAAAAUAUCGCACAGAAUCGCUCAAACAUGAUACGACCGUGAGCUCGAAAUCAGAAAUAAGUGGUUCGUUAAUAUAUUUCGGAUAUAAUUCUGAUGAUUACGAACGUGGUUUAGAUUGGUCUUCGAGCAGCUAUAAUCCCAUCCCGUUUUACAAAGAUAAACAAAAGCAACGACGGGUUAGAACGACAUUUACGUCCAAGCAACUCAAGGAGCUGGAAAAGAUUUUCCAAGAGACACAUUAUCCUGAUAUUUAUACGCGCGAAGAGAUCGCAAUGAAAAUAGAGCUUACUGAAGCGCGCGUACAGGUUUGGUUCCAAAACAGACGGGCGAAAUUUCGAAAACAAGAACGACAAGCUAAUAUUGUAAGCACGAAAACACCUGAAAUUUCACAAAAACAAAUGCAAAACCAUUUUGGAUCGAGUUCAAAAUGUCUUUCGCCAUUUAUGAUGUCGACGCUUCUCUCAACGGAAACGAGUUCGAAAUCUUUACAAUUAAUUAAAUAA